AUAUUUUUUUAAAUUAUAAGAACUUAUGCCCUUCCUGGUUUUAGGUAGCUCAUAAAUAAUUAUAAUGCAUUGUAUUGUAUAAUGUUUAUGUCUUAAGACUUCGAGAUAAUAUUCAAUUACUAAGCUAUUGUAAUGUACUAUUAUAUAAUCCAAAUGACUGCUGAUCGUAAAAAUUGAAUCAUUAUCAACUAUUCAACUGUUAUAACCGGACAAGGCUUAUAUACAAAUUAUAUUCCAUAAUGAUGGUUCUAAGAUUUAAUAAAUUACUCAGAAAUUGUAGUUCGCUGUACAAGAAAAACCAAACACGUUAUUCUUCAACAGAGGCUUAAAAUCUAUCCGGAAGGUAAACAUAACAUUCAUCUGAGGUAUGCCGAACUAUUCAAUUUGGAAGUUGACGAUUUCUUAGCCGAACACUUGUAAAAAAAAUAAACUAAGACUUGUCGAAAUAAUAAUAAUAAAUUUAGUUCAAAAAAUAUGAAAUAGAAACUAUUAUACAUUCAUAGCAGAGGGGUUACUAGUGUGUAAAUGUAAAACGCAGUCAUAAAAGUUGUUUGGAGGUGAAAAUAUGAUCGAGCCGGCAGCGUGGGCGACGGUACUGAUGAAGUCUCCGCAGCAGUUGACGUUGCGCGACAAGGUGUGGCGUUACAAGAGCGAGGGCAACGCCAACGUGGUUUUGUCGGUGCCCGCCGACGGCACAGUGGUUCGGGUGAUGAAAGACGAGACCGAUGAUGGCGGUGGUGAAACUGCGGCGGCAGUGGCGGCCGAAACACUGUCCGUGCGAUUGCGGUUUUGCGACGCCGUGAGGCGUUCGUUUUUCGCCGACAGCCGCCACGUCGACGUGCCCGUACCGAUGCGCGUGGCUGCCGACGAGUUGCGCGAAAUCGACCGGCUCGUGCGGCCGCACAGGCCGCCGGGCCGGAAGCACAAAGGCCUCGGGUGGGCCGGGUGCCUGGUGGCCGUGUGCCCGGACUACACGACGCUGCCGCCGACGGACGUGCCGGGCGUCUGGUGUGUCGAGAUCAAGCCCAAACAGGGAUGGGUGCACGAGGAGGACAGGGCGUGCGGUCCCGGCGGAGUGCGGGUCAAGUGCCCGUUCUGCGCGCACCAGUACUUGAAGCUGUGCCGGGGCGACGUCCGGAGGCCGAGCGGGUACUGUCCGUUGGACAUGUUCUCGGGCCGCCGCGAACGGGUCCGGCGGGCCGUCCGCGCACUGCUCCGGGACCCGCAGAACAAUCUGAAGUUGUUCCUGGACGGCGAGCCGCUCGUCGCGCCGGACGACGGUUUCGGGGACGCGGCGAGCGAGGCGCUGGGCGACGUCCCGCGGUUUUGCGCGUUGGUCGCGGGCGCUCUGCUCGGCGACUACGAGGACGGCGGUCGCAACGCUCCGGUAAUGGACGGACGGGACGAUACGGACACGGGCCGUAUCACCGCUGCAGCUCCCGGGGCGCUUCCGUGCGACUUCCGCGCGGUACCGAUGCCCCGACACUGCGUGCUGCACGAGAUCCUGACCAUGCAGCGGAUGCAGACCGCCGGUUUCGCGGCCGUGUGUUCCGAGUACGACAACGGACUGCGGUUGUCGCGGGAUCCGCAUCAGUUCGGCCACGUCGACCGCAUGCGGCCCGACGGCGGAGACGACGCGGUUGCGUGGAGCCCGGUGGACGGAUACCUGGUGGCCGCCACGGCCCGGGACUGUUCCGUGUUCGUCACGUUCCGCGGUCCCGGCAGUUCGACGCCGGCGGUGCGCGUCAAGGUGUCCGAUCUGGACCCGAAACCGUUGUCGACCGUCGACAAACAUAGGAUUCGCGACGCAAAAGUGUCGUUGGCCUGUCAACGGUAUUCGGUCGGAUAGUGUGGGUGACGUGUUGUGAACUGCGCGUGUCACUCUCCAGUUGUCGAGUGACGGGAUUAUAUGCUGUAUAUUAUAUGUAACGAAGAAUUAAUUAAAUAAACGCCAAUAUAUAGUCACGAAACAA